AUGGGCGACGAGUUUAACUCAACGGAAGUCCACCGUACCGGUGUGUGCGAUCAGUCGGGACAAGUGAGAGACGGCCCCCGCCGAGCAGCACGCAGCGGCUCGGUGACGUCAGAUGACCACGGCAUGCUACCGUUCGAAUUCUUACUGAAGAAGAAACUGGAGUGGAAUUCAGACAGAGUGGAAGAUGGGAGUGGAAGGACCACGUCAUUUCGGGAAGGACUAAUACGCGUAAAAAGCUGCGUCUCAGUGGCAGUGCUUGCGUGUGUUCUGAUCUACUUCGCACUGUUUGUCGAGGCGUCUUCAACAAUUGACAAACACGAUGCCAAAAGGUACAUUGCAAUUUUUGUGACGGUGUUUCUGGUCUCCGCUGUACCCUUCGCUCCCGAUGGACCAUUCAAGUGGCCGCAUCCGGUUUUCUGGAGGCUAUUAUUCUGUCUUUCUGUCCUGUACCAGCUUGGCCUAACCUUACUGUUACUCCAGACAGUGGACCAGAGCAGGCAGUCCUUGAAGUACCUGGAUGAAUCGCUAGGGGAGCCGCUGUCCAGAAAAUCGUACGGCGAAAACUGCACGUUUUGGGACCCCGAGCAUCCGGAGCGAGUAUUGAAAAAGCUUUGGGCUGAAUGUGACAUAUACUGGGCGUCGCACACCCUGGGAUUUUAUUUUAAUGCGUUGGCCCUCCGUGACUACUGGCUUGCCCACGUACUGAGUGUGAUGUUUGAGCUGGUGGAGUACAGCCUGGAACACCACAUCCCAGAGUUUCAGGAGUGCUGGUGGGACCACUGGAUUCUGGAUGUGGUCCUGUGUAACAGUCUGGGGAUCUGGUGCGGUAUGAAGACAUUGGAGUAUCUGGACAUGAGGCUUUACAAUUGGCGUAGCCUAUGGAACGUCCCGGUCUAUCCAAGCAAGAGGACUAGCGACACCUGGAGCCGUAUUUGGCGUUUCAAACGUUGCCUGUGCGUCUUCGCGUUCAUCGCAAGUCUACUGAUCAUGGAGUUGAACGCGUUCUACCUGAAGGCCGUUCUGUGGAUUCCCAUCUCCCACUGGCUGCAGACGCUGCGGUUGGUGCUGUAUCUGGUAGGGGGCGCUGUUGUGUCGCGGCGGGUCUACCGGUACAUGGACGACCCGAAUUGUGAGCACCUUGCCUAUGAAACGUGGAUGGCGUGUCUACUUGUGAUCACGGAGAUCCUGAUCAUCGUCAGGUUCGGCCCGGAUCUGCUGCAGAUCCCGCUCCCGGAUCACGUGCUGCGCUGCUGGAUCGUGGGAUUCGUCUGCCUGAUGUCAUGGGCGGUGUGGAGGUUUUUCAUCAGCUAG